UUUAAUUUAUCCCAAUCGGGGCGCAGCUCGGUGCCAGAUAAAGCGAUUUCAAAAUAAAAAUCCAAUUCCCGAAAUAAAUAUGGCAUUUAAAAGUGAUUUGAAACAAUUAUUAAAGCCCUAUUACUGGCUGAAUAUCAUGCUUAGUUUAUCUUACGUUAUUGCUAAACGGACGUAUUUAACAUGUGAGUUUUUGUUUCCAAAUGCCGACUGUGAAUUAGAUAGCAGGGAAACGGAAAUCCUAUUUUUCCUAAUUAUUGUCGUCAUGCUAAGGACAAGGAAGGCUGGAAGUGUGACAAUGGUCAAUUAUUUAUCUUCAUCCUUCGUUUACACGAAGAUCGCAAACUUAAUUCUGUGGUUCUAUGCAGAUGUAAGGUACGGAAUACCAUAUGGUGCAAUCCUCAUAUUAUCUGCUCUUCUUCUCCCUGAGCCUACUUAUUCCGGUCCAGAGCUGAUAACCUACUUCAGAGGAGCCCAAAUAUUUGAAGAUGAAUUGAAGCAUCAUAAGAACACCACGUGGAUUGUCUGUUUGUAUGCAGCAUGGCAUCCAGCAUGUGUUAACUUUGCUCCUGUAUUUUCCGAGUUGUCAGCUAGUUAUAGUUUGGAGAACUUCAAAUUUGGAAAAAUAGAUGUUGGCAGAUACCCAGAAGCAGCAACUAAAUACAGAGUACAAGAUGGGCCGACCAGUCGUCAGCUGCCAACUUUGAUACUCUUCAGUGAGGGUCAGGAGAAGACGAGGAAGCCUCAUGCUGACCACACUGGCAAGUUGCAAAAAUUUCUCUUUUCCAAAGACAAUAUUAAGGCUGCGUUCAACAUUGAUGGGAUUUAUGAAGAAUGUAAAACCAAGUUAGCCGCUAAAUCUAAGAAGACUGAAAAAGUCGAAUAAUUAUCUUUUUUAAUUUAUUUAUUGUACACAUUUUUGUCCCCCACUUCUAAAAUUUGCCUUACGUUGAAAACCCCCUAUAUCAAUUAUUGUCGUUGAUUAUGUUUAAUUAUUGAUAAUACAAUAGAAAUAAGAAAUAUUAUUUUAUGUUAUAUGGUGUCGUUAAAUAUUGUUUUCUUGGAGUCGGUUCUAUGGACGUGACAACGCCGGCUGGACGCACGAAAAAGUAUGACUCAUUGUCCCAGUGUAAUAAGUCAAUAAAAAUUAUUUGAUUUUUUUCAUAAAAGUAUGCAAUCGUCUCGUCUAAUGUUUUGUUAUGACGUUGUCACGUUAAACUGUCGUCCGUAAACCGAGUUUACAGAAGGUUUUUUAGGAAUACAUAUGUCUUUUGGAAGUAUUUUUAUUGUUUAAAAGGAAAAUGAAAGAUUGUGAAACUAUGAUUGUCAAACAAAACUAUGAAAUAAUUUUAAUAUUGUAUAAUUCAUUAAAAUAACAAAACUAUCUUAAUGAACUAGAUUGACUAUACCCAAUAAUAUAAUAUAUUUUAAUUCGCAGGAAUGACAUUAGCUCUCGCUUUGUCACGUGAGCAUUUUCAUACAAAUUCGUUUGGCGUUAGUAGGUCACGCCGGUCGAACGUUGACUUUGUCUAAAGCCCAGGUUAUUGACCCCGUAUUUUCAAAACCUAUUAGAAUUGACAUACUGGAGUCGUACGAGCCAAGUCACUGCUAUUUUAGCUCGUGUUAAGUUAGAUUUUGUGUAACUGAAUUAAUUAUUGUUUUGUUUAAGUAUUAGGUAAGCAGUUUUACUGCAACUUAUCUUGUUAGCAAAAGUAAGCAAAGUAAUUACGUAUAAUUACUAUUGACGUAAUCACCAUAUAAAAUAGUGCUAACAUAAUACUUGAGCAGUAAACUAUUUAGUUAUCAAUUGUGAUUAGCAUUUAAUGUUUAUAAUAGUCGAGAGCCGCUUAACAAAGAUCUGAUUGAAUUUUUAGUACGAACAAUUUGUAUUUUAAUUUUUAUAAAUUUAGUUAUUAACGUUACGGCGUCAAUAAAAAAUAAAUCACUUGCACCGUUUUAACUGUAGUCGUCUCUUUUCAUUAAAGGUAAACACAAUUUGAGAGAAAGAGACGACAGAGUACAUUAGUAUAGUGUAAUUAGACUUGUUUUUGAAUAAUUUGUUGCAAGCUUUGUGUUCAUAGUUUAAUAAAUUAACAUAACAUA